GGGGAGGGGUGAGCGAGUCGCGGACUGGCGCCGGGAUGUGUACACGAUCACGCAUUGGCAGUGUCAGUGCGUGACAAGAAGACGAGCCGAGACAACACGAGAGUAGUUGCUCUCCGGUGCCCUGCUGAUUACCGGGCUACCGACCCCCAAAUCUCCAAAAUUACACCUGUGGGAGGCACCGUGCGUGACCUUAAAGGAAUCUGGCACGGGUAGCGGGCAGAUUAUCGACCGAUAAAGGCUCCUCGUAACGAACGCAAGUUAUGAGGCUGAUCAUCUCAUGCCGUCCCCAGCUAGAAGUUGCCACGGCAACGACCCAGCAUCCCGCUCGGGGUCAUCGUAGAAGCUUUCGGACAAAUGACAGCACAGUUGAGAGCUGCAGGAACCCCGGAUUUCCUUUUUGUCUAGACGGAUUUGGUGAGGAGGCACUGGAACCAACUGCCGUUGACUUGAUCUGCUCGAAGCCACUGGACUAAAGACUAGACAAAACAGUAGAACCCCUUUUCAUUGUCAUUCUUCAAAAUGGCCACAUGGUGCCCACUCAGUGUCGCCGUGAUCCUCUGUCGAUUUGCAUCGGUGGUGACGGCGGCCCAGUCCAUAGAGCGGCGCGUCGUGGCCCACAUUCCUGGCGACAUCAUCAUCGGAGCCCUUUUCUCCGUGCACCACCAGCCGCCGGCCGACAAGGUGCACGAGCGUAAAUGCGGGGCCGUCCGGGAGCAGUACGGCAUCCAGCGCGUCGAGGCCAUGAUGCACACUCUGGACCGGAUUAAUGCUGACCCCAGAAUCCUCCCUAACGUCACGCUAGGCUGCGAGAUCCGAGACUCCUGCUGGCACUCCGCGGUCGCCCUUGAGCAAAGCAUCGAGUUUAUACGGGACUCCCUCGUCGCCGCUGAUGAUGCCGAGGAGGCAGGGGGAGGGGGCGGGACCAGGUGCGCCGACCCGGGAGCCACGCCCAUGAAAGGGAAGAAGCCGAUUGUGGGGUUGAUUGGUCCGGGUUCAAGCUCUGUGGCCAUUCAAGUGCAGAAUUUGCUGCAGCUGUUUAACAUUCCUCAGAUCGCGUACUCCGCCACCAGCAUGGACCUCAGUGAUAAAUCACUUUAUAAAUACUUCAUGAGGGUCGUGCCUUCAGACGCCCAGCAGGCCAGAGCCAUGGUGGACAUAGUGAAGAGAUACAACUGGACUUACGUGUCUGCAAUCCACACUGAGGGUAACUAUGGGGAAAGCGGGAUGGAGGCUUUCAAGGAGAUGUCAGCGAAAGAAGGGAUUUGUAUUGCUCACUCUGAUAAAAUCUGGAGUAACGCCGGCGAGCAAAACUUUGACCGUCUGCUGAUGAAACUGCGUAAAUAUCUCCCCAAAGCUCGUGUGGUGGCCUGUUUCUGCGAGGGCAUGACCGUACGUAACAUCCUCAUGGCCAUGAGGCGCCAAAACCUCGUCGGAGAGUUUCUACUUGUCGGCAGCGAUGGGUGGGCGGACCGUUAUGACGUGACUGAUGGCUACGUGCGUGAGGCCGCCGGUGGGAUUACGAUAAAGCUUCAGUCUGCAGAUGUGAAAUGGUUUGACGAUUAUUACCUGAAACUACGACCCGACAACAACCUGAGGAAUCCGUGGUUCCCCGAGUUCUGGCAGCAUCGCUUUCACUGCAGACUGAAAGGACAUCCACAGGAAAACUUCAAAUACAACCGAACCUGCAACAGCAAGCGAGAUUCUCUCCGGCAGCAGUAUGCUCAAGACACUAAAAUGGGUUUCGUGAUAAAUGCCAUCUACAGUAUGGCCUAUGGGCUUCAUAACAUGCAGAAAGCUGUGUGUCCUGGUAUGGUGGGACUGUGUGAUGCCAUGAGACCCAUUGAUGGUUCCAAACUGCUCGAGUUCCUCAUGAAGACCAACUUCACUGGAGUGACGGGGGAAAACAUUUAUUUCGACGAGAACGGAGAUUCACUUGGAAGUUAUGUCAUCAUGAAUUUCAAAAAGAUGGGGAAGGAUUAUUUUGACUACACCAACGUGGGCAGCUGGGACAAAACCGGACUGCAGAUCGAAGAUGACGAGAUCUGGCCCAACAAAGAUGACAUCAUCAAAUCAGUUUGCAGUGAACCCUGUGACAAAGGUCAAAUCAAGGUGAUCCGUAAAGGUGAGGUGAGCUGCUGCUGGACCUGCACUCCCUGUAAAGAAAAUGAGUUUGUUUUUGAUGAGUACACCUGUCGAGCGUGUGAGCUGGGUUCCUGGCCCACAGAUGACCUCACUGGUUGUGACCAUAUCCCGGUGAAGUAUUUGAGGUGGGGAGACCCCGAGCCCAUCGCCGCCGUGGUCUUUGCCUGCUUAGGCCUGAUGGCCACUUUCUUCGUCAUGUCCAUAUUUGUCAUCUACCGUGACACGCCGGUGGUGAAAUCGUCCAGCCGUGAGCUCUGCUACAUAAUCCUGGUGGGAAUCUGUCUGGGAUACCUAUGCACCUUCUGUCUCAUCACCAAACCUCAGGUGAUCUACUGCUACCUGCAGCGUCUCGGCAUCGGGCUGUCCCCCGCAAUGAGCUACUCUGCCCUCGUCACCAAAACCAAUCGCAUCGCUCGGAUUCUGGCCGGCAGCAAGAAGAAAAUAUGCACCAAGAAACCUCGUUUCAUGAGCGCUUGCGCCCAGCUGGUCAUCGCCUUUCUCCUCAUCCUCCUGCAGCUGGGCAUCAUCGUGGCGCUCUUCGUGAUGGAGCCUCCCGAUGUCAUUCACGACUACCCGUCCAUCCGCGAGGUCAACCUCAUCUGUAACACCACCAACCUGGGCGUGGUGGCACCACUGGGCUACAACGGCCUGCUCAUCAUGAGCUGCACCUUUUACGCCUUCAAGACGCGCAACGUUCCAGCAAAUUUUAACGAGGCCAAGUACAUCGCCUUCACCAUGUACACCACCUGCAUCAUCUGGCUGGCGUUCGUGCCCAUUUACUUCGGUUCUAACUACAAGACCAUCACCAUGUGUUUCUCCGUCAGUCUGAGUGCCACUGUCGCUCUGGGCUGCAUGUUCGUGCCGAAGGUUUACAUCAUCCUCGCUAAACCCGAGAGAAACGUCCGAAGCGCAUUCACCACGUCGACGGUUGUGCGCAUGCACGUCGGGGAUGGAAAAUCGUCGUCUGCCGCCAGCCGCUCCAGCAGUCUGGUAAACCUGUGGAAAAGACGAGGAUCAUCCGGAGAGACACUCAGCUCUAAUGGAAAGUCUGUGACGUGGGCUCAGAAUGAGUGCAGUUCCAAAGGCAGCCACCUGUGGCAGCGUCUCUCCUUCCACAUCAAGAAACGUGAAAGCAACCAGACCGCAGUGAUCAAACCCUUCUCCAAGACGGCAGAAGGGCGCUACUGCGGAGGCACGGACAUCAACACCGACAACAGUAACAACAAGAUGCUCUACGAGGUCACAGAGACUGAAGAACGCUAUCCAGUCACAUACCGGCCUCAGAUGCCAUCACCCAUCAGCACCGUGACCCAGAGAGCCAGCAUGACUUUAGCGCAGAGAUCAUCAGUGGAUGCGCAGGUCAUGAGCAUCUCCACGUACAUGUGUCAGCCUCCGCAGCGCGGCAGCACAACGUACGGCGGUGGGAGUGCGUCGCAAGGUUCGUUGAUGGAGCAGAUCAGCUGCGUGGUUAACCGUUUCACCGCCAACAUCAGCGAGCUCAACAACAUGAUGCUCACCAAUUCUCCACCGCCGGGGCCUGCCAGUCUAUCCACCAGCGCUUCUGCGCAUGCUCACACCACCGUGAUGGAACCCUCGGCCUACCGCCUCUCUCGAGAGGUUUCCAUGCCGACCACCAUGACCACCUACGCCGAGAUCCAGCCCCUCCCACCGGUGGAGUCUAACGUUAUCCGGCAGACCCCGCCUCGCCCGCUUUCAUCGUGCCUCAGAUGCUCACCCACAGCCAGCGGGAAGGAGUUCAAGGUGGCCGCGGUCUCGGGGCGGGAGUCUCCGUCCAAUCAGCCGGAGUUCGACGAACUGUUGCAGCUGACUCCGCCCUCCCCCUUCAGGGACUCCGCUGGGUCAGGUAGCGCCUCGCCCGGUUCGGAAGUCCAAAUGGCCCUUCCACCUACACCUAAAUACGAGUGCUUGGUGCUCCGACACUACAGCCAGAGUUCCUCCUCAUUAUAGGAACGGCACAACAAAGAGGGAAAACGCAUCAUAAGAAAAAGAUGGAGACGGAGAGUCCUGGCUUACAUGUGUGUGUGUUUACAUGUUCUCACUUUUGGACCAAUGCAGAACAAACUCUUUCACGGACCUGCAGUAGAAUCACAAAGGUAUGUGAACGUUCAUCUGGUCAGAGUGCCGUUGGUCUGUUUUGUAGUGGCCUUAAACAAACAUGGCUUUCAUCUAAUUAGUGCUGUCUCAGACAUGUUGGCGUGUCUCUGAAGAGACGGGGUGGAGGAUCUCACAGGGAGACGUGCGCCACGGGGACGUUUCCAACGUACCUCGACAUUAUAAACCUUUUCUGAAGUGUUCAUCGUCAGAUAAUGACAUUAUUAAGGGCUGGAAUAAGAUAAGAAAAAGCCUGUAUAAUUACAUGUUGAAUAAUCACACGUGCACACACACCGGUGGAACGCCAUCAUAAUUAAAGUCUGUGAGAGGCGAUGUCCCUGCAGAUUUCUCAAUCUUUGAAUAAAAUGCUUAGUCUGAUGUUCAGCAGAGCAAUGUCAGUGCAAACGCAGGCAGGUAUGAGAAAUACCGACAGCUGCGUCAUCUUCAGUCUUCACCUUUUUCCCUCUGUCUGUCUUUAUCUGGGAUCAACAUGACAGAUGAAUCUCACAGAAAACAGGUCACGAUGUCUAAUUUUUUACUCCAAUAUCAAAAGAAAUGUAGAACCAUUGAUACUUACAAAUAUAUAUACAAAAACAUUGUUACAUACAAAUCUGUACAAAAUAAUUGGUUAGAGGGGUCAUGUUUUUCUGUGUCUUUGGUGUACUUUAAGUUGCCCAUGCAUGUAUUCGACACGUUACAUUGCAAAAAUUAAAGUGUCAGAACAAAAGAUGCAUUCUAUCUAAAAGCAAAUGCUCAAUCAGACCUACCUGAAACACCUAGUGUAACCACAACCCCACAAAUCUACAUCAGUUUGUGGUUUGAUUUGACUAGGACCGCCCGAAUGUCUACGCAAGUAAGGUGGGUUUACCUGUCAGUACAAUUGCUUGGGAACAUGAUUUUCCAAAUAUGGUAAGAGGCGUUACGUUUCCGUCACACGCUUGCAGUAUUCGACCAAUCACUACGCACUGGUUAACUGGCCAAUCAUAGCACACCUCGCUUUUCAGAGCGAUGAGCUUUAUUAAAAAUCCACACGUUUCAGAGAGGUGGGGCAAAGAGAACAUAGAAACAUGCAAGGUAUGUAGAAAUUACAGCAUUUUUUAACCUUAAAUCGUGUUUACACAUUGCACUACAUCUAAAAAAACGAUAGUAUUCGUUUUAGCCGUGUCAUAUGACCCCUUUAAAUAAAAGUUAAAAGUAGAUUGACUAAAAGACUUUGAUGUCAUAAUACAAGCAAAUCUUAAUGAUUUAAAAAAUAAAUAUAUUUGUUUUAUGUCUUUUGAUUUGGUGAAAUAUGACCUUGGUUUUGUGAGAUGGCUGUUAUUUGAUCGUAUUGAAAUAAUUGUGGGACCAAACUCUGUAUCUGUCUCAGCCUCUUAAAGUAGAUUCUUUAACCUGCUGUAGUAAACUUCUCAUCAUGAGAUGUACUGUGGCAGUAUCUUGGUACAAUAAUGAUAUCUGAUGGUAAUGCCAAAGUAAGGUACCUCAAAGAAGGUCAUGGUAAAAAUACUAGCUUUUACCGUGGUACUUUUUGGCACUUUUUUGGUUGGUGAUUUCAACAAACUAGUGACUGAAAGACAAAAAAUGUUGAUACAACCUUUUUUAAUACAGUAAAGUAUAAAGUUACAUUUUAUCACCUCUUUCAAACUGCUUCACUGUGGUUUAACGAUUAUUAAAAUUCAUCCAACAUUCCAGUCCAGUCAUUAAAGUCAACAUGAAAUGAAAAUGGAGCCACUUUAUUUCAUACACACCGGUAAGAAUGGAAAACAAAACCACACUUCAGACUUCUUUAAUAUCUUAAUGGGUUUUUUUGUUGUCCGUGAGAUUAAAUGAAGAACAAAUGGAAACUUUUGCAUAAAGGGAUAGUUCACCCAUAAAUAAAAAUUCUCUCAUUAUUUAAACCCCUUUCAUCCCCCAUUGAAACCCAUAGUAUUUAUUUUCCCUACCAUGGCAGUAAAUGGGGGGCAAGAUCUGUUUGGUUACUGACAUUCUUCCAAAUAUCUUUCUCUGUGUUCAUCAGAACAAAGAAUUUUAAUUUCUCUGUGAACUAUCCCUUUAAGUCUCAUUUGUAUCUCACAUAUUUCUCCAUCAAAUUUCCUAAAAAAAGCUAAAAAAGAGCAACAUCUUAGCAAUAACGUUUUCUUCUGGACAAUCUUCGUGUUAUUGUAAACAAUUCAUUAGUCAGCAUUCUAAAGAGAAAAAUGUUGCUUCCCCCCUAAAAUGACUCAUCACAUCACAAAGGAAAGGUUUCAUGUUGACUUUAAAGACUGUGUUCACUAGCAGAAGGGCUUCUGACACCAUUUCAGACUAAAACAGUUCAUAACAGUCUAUUCGGAAUUAUAGUUAAUAUCAGUUCACAAUUUAGUCAUUUUCAUUGAUCAUUUCUAUUGAUUGUGUAAAUAUCAAGGGCAUGCAUCCAGCAACAAGUAUGAUAAAGUUUUAACACGCACAGGUUGUUAAAGCUAAACAACAGCAGCAUUUUACACAGAUAAUAUGAGGACAGGAAACUUUAUCAUCAGAAUCAAAGAUGUCUUUUCUUACGUCCCCUCGUGUACAGAACUUAGAUGAAUGUGAGCCUUCUCAAGUCUCUAGCAAUUAUAUAGAUAUAUAAAAAACAAAAGCGUGAUUUAAAAGUAAUAUUUAUAUUAAUAGAGCUUUUAGUGCCAAAGGGGAGAGGGGUGAUAUGUGGGUUUUCGUAACAUAAUGAUAUGAAUCGCUUUUGUGGUGAUGAAUAUUCUUUUAUAUUAUAAAUAUACCAGACGACUCGAAGCAAUACAAACCAUACAUCGACACAAAGCACACAGACAUUAGUGCAUAUUUGUGCUAAAUGAGGAAGUUUUUCUUCAUUUAUUCGUAACAUUUCUGACAACACUGGACGAGUUGGAAUGAUGACCGCCCUGUUUCUAUUUCUGCCGUACAUUUGAAUUCUUAAAGCAAGCUUAUGAUGUUUCAAUUCCGUCCUGAUCAUAUUGAAUCAUUUUUUAUUUAUCCACAUGAUGUAGCAAUACUUCAUAAUUUCAACUGUAUUUCCAAUGAAUAUGAAUAAUGUCCUGCACUUAUUGUACUGCUGUUAAUCUGUAAGCCUCCAGUUUACAGCCGUUCUGUUAUCAAUGAACAUUUACAGCCAGGUAACAUGUUGCGCUGUUUUGUCAUAAUGCACUGUGAUAUCGGCCACUUCUAGUAUAGAUGCAAUGUUAGAUGAACAAACUGCUGAGAUAAAGCUGAUAGCUAUAUAGCUGAUAUAAGGUCACAUUGUGUUUUCUGUUUACUGAACAUUCAGACCAUCGCAAAGAUGUUAUUUUAAAAACUGUGAUUUACUGUGGUGUGCCUGUGCGAUGUGUUCCACUUCUUUAUUUUCUUUAUCUCCUGUUUCAUAGAGAAUAUACUGUAUCAGGGCUGCAAUGAAUCUAUUUAUGUAUAAAUAUUUAUAAAUAUCAAAUAUUUAUGAAUAUUUAAAAUCUGUUCAUAAAUCUAUCUAUUCCAAAUGAUAUCUAACAUAUGUGUCAAUUGGUAAUUGGCUUCAGUGUUUAGCUUUACUAAAUAGCCAGAGAGAUUAGUAUGAUUUCUGAAAGCUGCAGUUUAUUAAAAACCAGCGGCGGUGUGUCAGGAACAACUUAGAUUUUAUUUUGCAUGAUCAAAAACAAGAUGCUAGAAGAGCCACGUUAAUAAACCAGCCCCAGUACGCCGAUAUCACUCUUUCUGUUCUGAUUUUCUGUUCAUUAAAUGGGUUUAUGAACAUGACAGAUACAUUUGGCAAAUUUGUAAGAACUCUGCGCUGAAUGUCUACCGCGGACUCACAUUAAUGUUUACAUUUUGCUACAUUAUGAUGCUUUUUAGAGUUCAUGAAAUCCUUUUUCAGUGCAAAAUACAGUCGGUUAAUAGAUUUUAAACUGCAAAACUAAACCUGGCUGGAUGUUUUGAGGAGGGGAAUUCGAUGUUAAAACAUACUUUUUAUCAGUCUUAUCUAUUAAUUGAGUUUUUAAUCUCAGAAGAACUGCUUUGUGAAUUCACUCCUGAAUGUUUGACAAAGGUUCAUUUAAUCAUGAACUCUGUGACUUCAUUUUAAGUACUGAGCAUUGUUUUGUGUUCAUGCCUCUCAAGUGAUUGUUUUUAUUUUUGUUAAAUCUAUAUAUCGAUCUAUCUAUAUAUUGGGAUUGUGUUUUCUGAUUAUCUGAUGUAGAGCUCUUAUAGAAUGUUGAUUAUCAUUAACGUGAUAUUGCAGAUGAUUUUUUGACAUUUGUUGAUUUUCCAGUAGUUUCUUGCAACUUAGUGAGGAAACAAAAUGCUGUGUAAAAAAAAUCUUCCUUUUUCUUGAAAUGGAAACCAUUGUGGUGUGGAAUGGCAUAUUUCUUUAUUAAAAACAGGAAAAAUAAUAAAAGCUGUGUUUCUGUGGAACA